AUGCCUGACACCACAAAGACUCUCCGAUUCAUGCAAAGCCCUGGAGACUGUGACUUUCGUCAACAUCAUCCGAACGAUGAACGUGAAUUUAAUGACUUUGUCGAGAGGGUUUUCGGGAUUCUUGAAGAUCUUCCACGUCGGGAAAAGCCCUACGUGGAGAUGGUCUUUGAGAUGUCCUAUAGCCCAUUCCGCGUCACAUUCACGCAGAAAGGAAUGCAGCACAUGGAGCUUUAUGACGCGUGGAAGAAUUUCCCAGAACUCCCUAUGAUAUCAAUCUUUAGAGCAUGCGGAUCUACUGAUACACCUACUUUUACACCUGGGGAUAUGUGUCGACUUGCAAGUAAGAUGCCACGGUUGGAGAAGUUUGGGGUGAGGGCAAUAGAAAACAUACGAGAUUAUGUCUACGGGGAAGCUGCGAUAAGAAACAGCCUUGCACAGUCUUUGCAUUUGAUACCAAUGUCUGUGCAAACGUUGCUUAUUGACUACCAGCGCGAGAGGAUACCAGAUCAGACUUAUAAUCCUCCAAGUAUCACCCCUGCUGAGUCAAAUGAGGAUGUUCUCUCCGAAGCAGUACGACGACUCGCCCAGAGAGACGGCAUUCAAGAGAUUACCCUUCUUGCAAGCGUCGACAGCACCAUAUUCCAACCUUCAACAGAAAUUUCUUGCUGGCCGACCCUCGAGAGUUUCACACUUGCCUUUUGUGACGUUCUUCCUUCCGGUGAAUGGGUAGUCACCGGUGAAAAUCCUUUAUCACCAGAAGAAGAAGAGUAUCAACGACAAGAGUUCCGUGAAGGGAUGGUUGAUGGAGAUUAUUGCCCUCCAGGCUGCGAGAUAGAAAACAGAUUCAAAUCUCGCAUGGAAGAAGAAAUCAUGUAUCGUUUUGUCCUGGCGGCGGCACAGGCUGUUUGUCAUAUGCCCAAGAUGAGAAAACUCUCGGUUCGACAUGUUUUCGAUCCUAGUGACUUUGAAGAAGAUAUCUCGCGUGCGGGUUUUAGUUUCAGCACGGUAACGGGAUGCAAUACGGGUCUGAUAGUUCUUGGGAAGACAGACGUACCUGUGCUCAGUCACGAGGUAUUGGAAGCUUGGAGAACAGCUACGAAUGUUCAUGGUGUCGUGUUUGAUCGGUGUCUUACAAAUGAGUUGGAUGUUGCGGGGAGGUAUGCCAAAGAGUUUGGAUCCGAGUUUCAGUGGGAUGAUCAGGAUGUUUAUUUGUUCUAAGUCAUGGAUAGAAGCACA